AUGUGCUAUGCUCUUUCUGAGAUAGUCACUUGGGGCAUAGCUUCGGUAAUGAGUCGACUAAUGGGAUACAAACUUCAUCGCUUCCGUGCUCCCAUAUCCCGUGCUCCCCGUGGACAUGACCAUCCGGAUGUAUUUCUCGGUCGACGUCGACAUUGUGUAGAGGUCGGAGGUCGGCUUUUCUUCUAUUCCCUAAAAUCCCGGUUGGUACGUUCGACCGUCAUCGUCGCCGUGGCUUGUAGUGGGUUCUAUUGGCUCAUCGGUUUAGAACAAGGUGGAAAGGCUUUAUAUAAGCUCGGUCCUGUCGCCUUAGGAUCAUAG